UUUGCCAUGUCUGAAGAAAUAAACAACCAUGAAUUUGAAUCCCAAUUAAGUAAAGCUCCUAGCCUCGUGUCCUAUACGAUCGAUGAUGAUGACGACGAUGAACAUACAGCUCCGUCUGAUGAGGAGACCUCCGAUUCGCAACAUAGCCUAUCAAACAAAGUCAGGCAACCAGACGAAGCAGCUCCUGAUUCGACCAUGGACACCAGUGUUUCUCCAUUACCGACAGGCGACUUUCCUUUCAUCAGUCUAGAUGAACCGCCAACUAUCCUCAGUUCAUCGCAUCAAAUGAAUAAAGAACCUAUACUUGUCCUUUCCCAAGAUCAUUUACAAAACCCUCCGGCAUUGACCGAAAAUCAUCAUGAACCAGAUAGCAGUGCAUCACAGUCUGAGUUCACUGGAGAACAAAAUAGAGCAUCGCCUGGUUUGGACGAUGUACAGCUCCCUCCAGAGCCGACUGGACACUGUCGUAUGGAACUUCAAGAAAAAGUUGAUCGCGAAGUCCGUCGAAUGCGGUUAGACAUAAGUUACGACCCGAAUCGUGCUAUUCAGGAUAAUAAGGCUUUCCGAAACCCCAGCAUAUAUGAAAAACUGAUUUCUUUUCUAAAUAUCGAUGAAAAGGGGACUAAUUUCCCUCAAGAGAUCUACGAUCCAUAUCGAUGGACACCACAAUCGUAUUACGAUGAAUUGGCCCGGGUGCAGAAUCGUGAGAUUGACAGAUUGUUAAAGUUGCAGAAGGAACAGAAGAAAUCGGAAGGCAAUCAACAAAACAACUCAGCGCCUGGUGCCACAGGGAACAUUCAAGAUAUGACAAACAAGAAUACACUUAUGUCGAGUGCUUCCGUUUCGACGGGAUUUGUCGAGCCGAAAAAACGUAGCAAAUGGGAUGCCGGGGUUCCGGAAUCUAACACAACUAACAAUGCAACCGGAUCGGAGCCUACCAAAGUGCCAGUUGCUCCUCCCGUUGGAGGUCUCAUAAAACAGAAGUGA